AUGACGUUGCCCUAUUGCUUUGCUCGAGUUGGCGUGUCUGCAGCUCUGCUGAUGAUGCUGGCGGCCUCCGCAUGCCAUACCACGCUGAUGCUACAAGAGGCACUGGUCACUCUGAUUUAUCACGGAACCCCACGACGUGACUACUCGGAUUGGGCCCGAACUUCUUGGCUUGCGCUUUACGUGGCCCAGCCGUUUUGCAGCGUUGACACCAGCGCCAUGGCUGAGCUGGCAGCUUACAGCGGAAAUUGCAUGAUCAAUCUUGGCAAAGCUUUGGGGGCAAUUGGGGGCAAUGUCACGGAAAGCACAACGAUCCUGGCCGGUGCUGCGCUGUGUGUGCUUCUGUUUUUCCUUCUCAGACACUGUCUCCGCCUACCUGGCAUCGGGUUCAUGUCUGGGGGACACUGGCUGGCAGGCGCAUGCUGUCGGACGCAGCCCUACUGUUGGGAUGAUCUUGUUCUCCCCUCAGCAGGGGGCGCCCUUCGUUUCCACACAAUUGGAAGCCAUGAACUGCUGGUGUGUGUGGAUGGCAAUCAUAGUGCCGGGACAUGCAGCUCCGUCGAUGGUUAG